AUCACUGUAGGAGUCUGAACACAUACAGAAACGCAACUGUAAACUCAGCAAGCAACAUGUUAGUGUUUUUCGCUGUGGUUUUAUCGUUGUCACUUGCGUCCGCAUUUGCGGACCGAGUGCCGCGCAGUUGUGGCGCUUGUGAACCCAGUCUGUGCGACCCUCUUCCAGAGGUGGGCUGCAAGUCUGGCACGAUUUUCGACUCCUGCGGUUGUUGUUCACUUUGCGCGGCUGGAGAGGGGGAGCCAUGCAGGGGGCGCGGAACCACAGCCAAGCGUUGCGCCUCUGGACUGGAGUGCGUUAAGAGCGACAAGAAGACAAAGCUCGGAGUUUGCGCCUGCAAGACCAAAUACGAAGUGUGUGGCUCCGAUGGAGUGACCUAUAAAACUGGCUGCGACUUGAAAGUUGCCAGCCUGAAAGCGGUGAGCGAGGAGAAGCCUGAAAUAAAAGUCCUGAAUAAAGGAAAAUGUGCAACAGCACCUGUCAUUGUGACGGCCCCUGGUGAGGUCUACAAUGUCACAGGCUCCCAGGUGUAUCUGAGCUGCGAGGCCAUUGGAAUCCCCACCCCCGUGAUCACCUGGAAGAAGGUCACCAGCGGAAAACAGAGAAUGGAGCUGCUUCCAGGAGACAGAGACAACCUGGCCAUUCAGACCCGUGGAGGACCUGAGAAACAUGAGGUCACCGGCUGGGUCUUGGUAACCAUGGUUGACAGAGGAAGAACAAUGAUUCCAAGCACCACCCUCAUUUUGAAGCUUCCAGUCUGUUAUUCGAACUCAAUCAGCAUGACAGAGUGAUCUCCAGCCACACUCACACCUGUAUUAACGAGAGAAUCACUGACAUGAUGCCAGCUGGUCCUUUUGUGGCAGGGCUGAAAUGCAGUGGAAAUGUUUUUUGGGGAUUCAGUUCAUUUGCAUGGCAAAGAGGGACUUUGCAAUUAAUUGCAAUUCAUCUGAUCACUCUUCAUAACAUUCUGGCGUAUAUGCAAGACUUUGUGAAAAUUAAUAUUUGUGUCAUUCUCAAAACGUUAGGCCACGACUGUAGUUCAUUCAAUCUGAUUGUCACACACAGGGCAUCUGAACACACAAAAUACAUUUUGAUGAUUUUCUUAAAAUUUUGGGUGUUUUAUUUAACUCUUGUACACUUGUGUUCCCGGUCAAAAAUGACCGGUCAUUAUAAAUUAAUGGGUGAGACUACAACUAGUGUAUAAAAUUGAGUUAAGCCACAUGCCCAUUCAUCAGAUGGACACUUCCUCUCCCAGACCCCCAGAUGCAUGUGUGUUUGAGCACACACACCUCACUCCCCAACUUGGCUUCCAUGACAACACCCACAGGAACUUUUCCCCAAUAUAAUUUUUCCCCCACAGGAACCACACCUGUUGGCAUUCUCACAAACAAUUGCAACAUUGUUUCAAUAAUAUAUUGAACUUUUCUCGCAGCUCUGGUAUAUAAAGCUUUUUUGAGGCCUUGCUCACAAUUCAUUAUGUGGCAGCUCAAUGACUAAAUGAUAUACUGUAUGUGAGGCUCUUAAUCAUGAGGAGGAGAGAGGCCAGGAAACUGACAGUGAAGAUGCAUUAGAGGAGGAAAUGUCAGAAGUUGAAGACAACACAGAAUAUGAUCCAGACCAAGAGACAACCGAUGUGGAACAAUCCAGUGAUGAGGAAGAGGGCCCUGCUGAGGUUGUUGUUACAUUCCUGUCAAAGAAUGGGAAUUUAUCCUGAUCUUCAUCCCCAACUGAGAGGAGGGGUCGGCUGUCAAAUGAAAAUGUUAUCGGAUACGAGAUACACCAGGUUGAUGACAUAAAAUCCUGCCACAAUUUAAACAUUUGAAAUGGUUUCAAAACAAAUGUCCUUGUUAAACUUUGACACAAAGUAGUCUGUGAUAAAUACACAAUAUGUUUCAUCUGAGUAUUUGUUAUAGUAAAAAUAAUCCAUACAUUAUGUAUGCUUUUUUUACUCAAAAAGGCCAUAAAUAACAGGCCGUAAAUAGCAAAUAGAAGUUCAAAACUGAAGUUGAUAAAAAGAUCUAACACAACAUUAGGUGAAUAUAUGUAAUAUUAUGGAUUUAUAAACAGCUAUAAUGGGGCGGUAAUUUUGGACCGGGAAAACAUAAUUAAUUAACAUGAAACAGACAAAACAGGAGGGUUAAAAGAAAACAGGAAAUGUCAGCAUACAGUGACACAUUUAUUUUUAAGCCCUGGAUUUCUAGCCCGUUGAUAUUAUUGUUGGAUCUGAUUUUAAUAGCGAACAUUUCGAUGGCCAUAAUAAAUAGAUAUGCCAAUAGUGGACAACCUUGUUUUACUCCUCUUGACAAUUUAAUACUUUUUGAGAAGUAGCCAUUAUUUACCAUUUUACACCUGGUGUUAGUAAACAUAACUUUAAGCCAUUGUAUAAGAGAUUCUCCAAAAUUAGAAUAGUCCAGGCAUGUAUAUAUACAUUUCAGUCGUACUUUAUCAAAGGCCUUUUCAAGGCCAGCUAUGACUACCAGGCCUGGUUUACCAGAUUUUUCAUAGUGUUCUAUAGUCUUUCCAGUACAUGUCUUAUAUUAUCUCCAAUGUAUCAUCCAUGUAAAAAAAACUGUCUGAUUAGGAUGAAUAAUAUCUGACAAAAUACUGUUUAAAUUCUAUGCAUUUUGCUAAGAUUUUGGCAUCACAACACUGCAGUGUAAGGGGUCUCCAGUUUUUUAGAUGGACUGGUUCUUUGUAUUUACCACCUGGGUCCUGUUUCAGUAAUAGUGAAAUCAGACCUUGACUUGAAACACUGUUAGUUUAAAGCAUUUUAGCUAUCAUACAGACUUGUGGGUUGUCCCACAGAAACAAAUCAGUCAAAUACCUCAAGGCCCACACACAGAGGUAGUGAAGGUAGAAAUUCAGCAUAGGAUGGAAGAGUUAUGUAUUAGAUACCUGACAUUCUAUUACUUUAUUUAUGAAUAAUAUUACUUGAGGCACAUUCCAAAGUUAUCCAUGAAUGCUAAUCAUUGACUGGUUUUGUUCAGAUCCUCUACAUAAGAGAGUUUAAUACACAUGCAACUCCUUCCUCCAUGUCUGAGUAAAUCAACAAAAAACAUUGGUGGGCCCUGUUCAGUGGUUAGAUCUAUCUAUCCCUCUCCCUCCCUCUUUCUCUCUCAGUAUUCUGCUCCCCUGCUGUCAAACAUCACAUUCGUUCAAUUUCUUCAUAGAAUUUCAAAAUUUCUACUCAUUGGCCAUCUUCCAUGAUAUGUUUGUACUUGUGAGAAGUAUCUAAAGACCUACACAGGUGCAAGCCAGCACUGGACAGCAGUCAGACAGCCAUAAAACAAUCCAGAACGCUUCUUUCCAAUUGAAAUGGCACCCUUGCUCUGUCGAAAUGAGCCGAGCUUGGCUGGGAGGAAGAGUUGAAGCUGUGUUUGUGUCGCCUUGCGUGUUCUGAUAAAAUC